AUGAGCUUAAUAGGACUUUUCUAUCGACAUCGACAAUGUAGACGUCAGCUAACUAAUAACAUGAAAAUACUAUCGUACCGAUGUUCCGUAUUACGUUGUCGGAGACUUGAGAGGCAUAUAUCAGCUACAACCCGCACACUAGCUCAGCCAGGUGAUGACCCAGAAUUCAAGUCCAUCGUUGAUAGUCCAGCUAUUCUUGUACAGGCAGGCAAAAAGAAGCAUGGUCCAGGUCUUAUUAUUCUAGCUCUCAUCCCAAUAACUGCUUUCGCACUUGGAACUUGGCAAGUACAACGACUUGCUUGGAAGAGCGAUCUCAUUGCAAAAUUCGAGGAUCGUCUCAUCAGGCCUGCUCUUCCGCUACCACCUAAAAUCGAUCCAGAUGCUAUUCAUGAGUUCGACUAUCGCCGUGUCUUUGCACGUGGACACUUACGUCACGACCAAGAAAUGUUAAUAGGACCACGUAUCCAAGAUGGAAAGAAUGGCUACUUAGUAGUAACGCCGUUAGAGAGAGAAGGAGAUGGUACCACCGUGCUGGUUAAUCGUGGUUGGAUUGAUAAAAAGUUUAAGAAACCUGCCUCAAGAGAUACUUUACAAGCAUGCCCGACAGAUGAAGUAGUAAUAGAAGGGUUGUUAAGAGAACCCUGGAAAAAAAAUAUGUUUACGCCCAAUAAUGCCCCCGAAAAGGGAGAAUUUUAUUUUCCUGAUGUGGCACAGAUGGCUAAUUUAACUGGAAGUCAACCAGUUUGGAUAGAAGAAACGAUGACCCCAGAUCUAUUAACGAAUUGGGCCCGAGAAGAUAAAGGGAUUCCUAUUGGAAGAUCGGCUGAAGUGAACUUAAGCAAUAAGCACGCACAGUACAUAUUUACAUGGUACGCCCUUUCAGCCGCCACAUCAGUCAUGUUUUGGAUGGUGGUGAGAAAACCACCUGCGGACUUAACUCGUCGUGUUCGCUUGAGCAAAGAAUGGUCGUGA